AUGACAGAGCUUCGGAGGAUCUGCAAAGAUGCUCCCCAAAUACAGAAGGGUACGGAUGUCUACUUUGCUGGCUCUGAGGAAAAGGGCUUCUACACUUUCUCUAUGGGUCUUGCUACUCUCAUGUUCCUGUACUCUCUGAUGGGCAUGUUUCUAGGCCUGCAUGCCUCCUUUGACAAAUGCACUACACUGGCUGAUGGUUUUGCGAAUGCAAGACACACUGAGCAGAAUAAGGAGUGGAGUGGGACCAGAGGACUUACCGAGGGUGGAGAGUGCACCGGAGGAGGGGGGUCCACAGCGGAGCGGCGGCAACCAGAGGUGAGUGACGGGGGACACGGUGGUGAGGACGAUGGAGUAGCACCUGGGGUGGGGUGCUCCAUGGCGACAGAGAGUCCAACAGAGGCAGGGAAGUGGGAAAAUGGCAGCGCAGUAGGAGGCAAAUUACAAGUGGAUCGGGAAUUCAAUGAGGCCUUUGGGAAGAAGGGCUUACAUUUUGUGCACUUAAAAGUCCGAAGCCUACUACCGAAGAUCAAUGAGAUACGCCUGUUGGUUUGCAAAUCAGAGUCUCAGUGGCAGGACAGAAAUUGUACCAGGAUAUAUUAUGGACUAGGACAGAUGGAGAGGCUGUCUCCUGCAGCUACAAAGACAAUGAUCCGUGUACAACGGAUGUCCAUUGUGGCUGCUUCGGGACAACAGCUGCAACAGGACCAGAUUUUAAAGACUAGGAAAGAGAAACAGAGUGUCUCCUUCAGCUGCAAAGUUACUGGUUCGUGUUUUGGUAACACAGUCCACUGGUACCAGAAGGGAGAGGGUAAACCCUUCUCUCAGAUUUUAUACAAAGUUUUAAAUACCAAUUCUUUCACCCGUGAUAACACUCAUCCUCAGACAGCAGAUUUCUCUGCCAUGGGUAAGUCUGACUCCAGUGAGCUGAAGAUCCAGUCAGUUAAAGUGUCCCAUUCUGCCACCUACUACUGUGCCUGCUGGGACUCGUCAACCCACAAGGUUGGACAGAGGCUCGAAUUUGGCUCUGGCACGACACUUUAUGUGACAGACGGCAUUCAACGAAAACCCAAAGUGACGCUGUACUCAGCGUCCAACUCUGAGUCGAAUGAGAAGACCACCCUGCUAUGUCUGGCUAGAGACAUGUCUCCAGACUUGGUCAAGAUCUCAUGGAAGAUUGAGGAAGCAAACGGCGGAAGAACGGAGGUGCCCAAAGCAGAGGGGGAACAGCUGGAGCAGAGGGAGGAAGAACAGACGACCAGUAUGAUCAUCAUUGAUAAAGAGAAUACGUACAGGAACAAAUACAUCUGUUCUGUGGAGCAUGAAUGGGGUGCUCAACAUUUUGACAUCCCAAAAGAUACUCCAACCACCAUGUCUGCACCAGCGUUCAGAAAUGACAUGCAGGAGUCACUGACUCUGCAGUGUACCGAAGAUUCCUUCCAGUCAACGUGCAGUCUGAACCUGGCCUCUCUGGUUUACACAGUGAUGAUAGUGAAAAGCAUGGUGUACUGCUGUGGGCUCUCUCUCCUGCUGCACAACAGGAUCCUGGGAAGAGGACCCAGCACCUGAAGACCUAUAUGAGGAAAAUCAUUUAUGUGCUUUUUUACAUUGAUACAAUGUUGUUGUUGUUGUUUUUUUGUUUUUUUUUACAUUGAUACAGCUUGCAUGACAUUUUCCUUGCCUAACACAGCCUGCUCAAAUUAACCAAGUUGCUCAAAAUAACCAUAUUAUUUCAGAAGAGGAUGCCUUUGUGAACAAAAUGUUGCAACAACAAUGGAUCUGUAAAUGAUUGUAAAAUACAUUUUUACAGUUCCGUGCUGUUUUCGGUGAAAUAAGGUUACUUAAAACCCCCAAAAUAUUGCAUCUCUUUACUAUAAGAUCAUCUAUUCAUAUUUGGGAAAAUGUUAUUUCAUUGAAUCUCAUCAGAAGCGGAACAAUACGAUUGUAAGUCCACCAAUGAUCUGUUUUCAACUUGUUUGCUUCAAUGUGCAUGUUCCCGACGCAGAUGUUGAGCCUAGACUUAAUAGUGGUGGGAUAAUAUGGUUCAUGUUUCUUUGGUGUUCUAAGGACAUGUGAAACGGUAGUUACUGUAAACAAGAAAUAGCUAGCUGCAGAACCACAGCUCGAGUGUGUGAAGAGAUGGUUAUCCAAAGCUGCUGGGUGAUUCACUUGGCCUUGAUCUGUUUUUACCUCUAGUAGUGGGUUCACAGCUCUUGCCAUCAAAUUGAAGAAUAUGACAGCGAUUGCAGACGAGUCCGUAAUGGUAGUUUAUGGUUCUUGCAUUUGUAGAAUUAUAGAUCUAUGGCAAAACUUUUUACACUUUUGUUUAUGUGUACGUUUUACCUUGAAACAAUCAAAUUAAAUUAAAUCAAGGUUGGAGAGUUUAAUUUGUUUUUAACAUAUAUAUUUUGCAAGGAAAUGAACAUUGUUAUCAAGAGAAGUAUUUUCCAUGUUAUUGUCAUGUUAUUACCAUUUAUUCUGUGCUUCAAUGUAAAGUGCUACCGAAAUGUCUUAUUAAUUGUUUUCUUUUCUCUACAUCGAAACCAUGAAAUAACACAUAUGGAAUCACGUAGUAACCAAAAAAAUGUUAAAUAAAUAUAUUUGAGAUUUGA